AUGGCUUUCUUCUUCCCAUCUGCCCCAGUCUGGGUUUACUCAGCCGGCGCAGCCCUACUCUUCAUCAUUGGCUCCAUAAUACUCAACUUCAUCUGGCAGCAACUGCCCCGUCCCAAAUCGGAACCACCGCUGGUUUUCCACUGGUUGCCCUUCAUCGGCAACGCCGUCUCCUACGGCAUGGACCCCUACCGCUUCUACUCUCAAUGCCGGGAAAAGCACGGCGAUGUCUUUACGUUUGUCUUGUUCGGCAGGCGCAUGACCGUCUUCUUAGGCGUCCAGGGCAACGACUUCAUCCUGAACGGCAAGCUGCAGGACCUCAAUGCUGAGGAGAUAUACAGCCCUCUCACCACACCAGUUUUCGGAAGUGAUAUUAUCUACGACUGCCCCAACUCCAAACUCAUGGAGCAAAAGAAGUUUGUCAAGUUUGGCCUGACGCAAAAGGCUCUGGAUUCCUACGUCCCCCUGAUCGAGAGGGAGGUCCUCGACUACAUAGAGUCCUCACCCGUCUUCCAAGCCGGCAACCACGGCAUCGUAGACAUUCCCAGCAUGAUGGCCGAGAUAACCAUUUUCACAGCCAGUCGUACCUUGCAAGGCCCCGAGGUCAGGAAGAAGCUGACUGGAGAAUUCGCACGACUCUAUCACGACUUGGACCUGGGUUUCCGCCCCAUCAACUUCCUAGCCCCGUGGGCGCCCCUUCCCCAGAACCGCCGACGCGACGUUGCUCAUGCUCGAAUGCGCGAUGUUUACAUGGACCUCAUCAACAAACGCCGCCGACAGAAGGACGAUCAAGAAGAAGAAGAAGAAGCAGAGCCAGACAUGAUCCGCCACCUGAUGGGCAGCUGCGUGUACAAAAACGGCCAAGCCCUCCCCGACAAGGAAAUCGCCCACAUGAUGAUCACGCUUCUCAUGGCAGGCCAGCAUUCUUCCUCCUCUUCGAGCGCGUGGAUCAUGCUCCGCCUCGCGUCGCGGCCCGACAUCGCCGAGGAGGUGUACCAAGAAGUGCAGCGGCUCGGGCACGCAUCCCUGCAGCACUCGGACCUCGACAAGCUGCCGCUGCUCGCAAACGUGGUCAAGGAGACGCUGCGGGUGCACUCGUCCAUCCACUCCAUCAUGCGCAAGGUGAAGCGGCCGAUGCGGAUUCCGGGCAGCGACUACGUCGUCACCCCGGGCAAGGUGCUCGUGUCCGCGCCCAUCAUGACGCACCUGGACGAGGAGCACUUCCGCGACGCGCGGGCUUGGGAGCCGCAUCGGUGGGAUGACGCCGUCGACGCCCAGGACGACGAGAUUGUCGAUUACGGCUACGGGGCCACGUCCAAGGGCACCAAGAGUCCUUACCUGCCCUUUGGCGCCGGUCGGCAUCGCUGCAUCGGUGAAAAGUUUGCCUAUCUCAACCUGGCGGCCAUCGUCAGCACCUUGGUCCGGAACUUCAAGUUCUCCACGCUGGAUGGCAAGGCCACCGUGCCGCCCACUGAUUACACUUCUAUGUUCUCUCGGCCUAUGCAGCCUGCGACGGUGAGGUGGGAGCGACGCAGCCCGAAGACUGCGUAGAAUGACAAAACGAAAAAGCAUCGGUGUUAACCAUCAGGUAGAUGAGUUGAUCCAACCAAGGCUGGAGUUGUGAUUGCCCACACCCAGUCGCUAUCGUCCGCAGGAUAAAUGACAAGUGAGCGAUGACUGAGGCCAAUCUAUUUCCUUGAGUUGUGUUAUUAAGCUAGUUUCUUAAAUCCUUUAGCAAUGAGGCAUAUCUCUGAUUUCUUUUUACCGCCAUGAAAUUGUCAUAUGUCC